AUCAUCACUUUUUCAAUUUCUCAAACGAGAGUAAACGAGAAGCAGAGCACGCACAGGGAGGCUUCUGUGAAAAAUUCCCAAGCUCCAAUCUUGAGCUACAGUGAUCCAAAAAUCCCGUAAGUAAUGCCUAAUUCAUCCAUACAUCGUGAUUUAUCGAUUUAGAGUUUUAAAACGAGUUUUUGGUUCAGGAAUUUCUUGAAUUCCCGAUCUGCCAAAUUAGGGUUUCGGAGUAUCCGGAAGCCAGAUUGAGCCCGAAUUUCAUAUACGAGCUUCCUGCAGCGAGGUAAUCAAUCCCCUAGUUCUAAUUCCUGAUUUUCGGCUAUUAUUUAGGCCGGGGUCCAAACCGCUGAAUUUAGCUCCGGCCAGGGUUUGAUGUGUUUUUAUCAAGAAUUUGGCCUGGAGCCCAGAACUAAUAUUGACGGGGAUACUGCAGGGGGUAUUAGGACGGUCUCGGAUUUUAAUUCGGGAUUCGUUCGUGAAAUUGACGUUUUAGUACGGGAAGCUAAAACCGGUGUUUGAACGACCAGAACUGGUGAGGGAUUAGCACGGCAUACCGGGUUUGUCGUAUCACGAUAAUUAUAUUGAUGCUUAGAAUUGACCUAGGUGAAUUAGAAUGGCAUGAUUAUGGGUGUAUGGACUUCUCUGCUAUAUGAUGAACUAUAGGCUUCUGUAUGAUAUUAUUGACUUGCCUUAAUCGAUAUGGACCUUGUUUAUGUUGCUAAUUCCAUAUAUGUUGCCAGAUGUGGGUUUAAUUGUGAAUAUGCCUUAUGUUGGUUCGAGAAGGUGAUUGGAUAUGAUUUUUCAUGAUUGUUGUAUUUGGAUGCAUAAGUGGGAAAAUAUAUAUUCCCUGGUGAUAUCAUGAUGUUUUAAGGAGGAUGACUUGCACGAGGGUUUAUCCCGAGGAAGUGCAACUAUACGACUCCUGGUUUACCUAUGUUGAGCCAAUUAUGGCCAGGUCAAGUACAUGUGCAAGUAAUGAAUUAUGAUUAAGCAAGAUGAGAUAUGAAUCAUGUAUAAGGAUACCAAAUAUGAGUGUUGUGGUCUCACGGUCAACUACAUAGUAAUUAGGGCUCCCUAUGCUAUUACUCUAUUAUGAUAUGAUAGUCACACCUCUCAUGUGGUGGUGACUGAAGAAUUCUUACGAGAUAUGACCACACCCAGAGUGGUGUCGGGGUAUGACUACACCCAUAGUGGUGUGGGGUAUGUAUGACCACAUCCGACGGGAUGUUGGGGUAUGUAUGACUACAUCCGACGGGAUGUGGGGUAUGUUUCCCGGGAGAGUUAUUAGCAUGGGAGUAGCCAGGCGCCUAUGAUUAAAACAUGAUAAGAUGCAUAUGCAUAAGUCAAAGUGGUUGAGUCUUUUGCUUAUUGGGAUAUGAGGAUGGCUGAGGUCCGACCCUAGUGUUUUGGCUCGUUUGCUAGAUGUAUGGUAGGGGUAUGCUCUGUUAUGAACUCACGAUGCUAUGAUUAUCUCACUCAGCUAUGAGCUGACCCUCUUUUAUUCUUCUUCUCUGCUUAUGCUAUGUGUAAGCAGAUCAUCAGCAGCAGCAGUAGAUAAGUGUUAGGUGGGAGAGGAGCUAGAGUUGAAGCCAGGAUGAGGUAUGGUCUUCAACUAUUCUGUGCUUGGACUACUACUUGGGAUUUUGGCCAGUGAUCCACACCUUUUUGUAAAAAUGUUUUGAGAACGUUUUUCAUGUGCAUACUAGCUUCUGAUGUAGUGUGAGAUAUCCACAGGUGUGGAAAGUUGAUGAUAUGUGUAUAUUUUUGUAAUUAUGUAAGUUGUGACGAUUAUGGCUUGUAUCAGUAUAGUAUGCAGUUGUGUAGUAUGAAACUGUGACUUUGGCUAUGAAAGCCAAUGCUUAUGGUUGUGAGUAUAUAUGUUUGUGAUGAAUUAUUUUGCAGGAUAAGUUGCAAGAACUGUUAGCCCACUACGCGAGUAAUUCAUGUCGAAAUUUUAUUUAGGUAAAUUUUGAUAAUUAAUGUAACACCCGAGAUUAUUUCCGCUGCAAUUGUAUGAACAAUAUGAUUAGGUAAUACGUAUAGGGUAGGGUGUUACAGUUUGGUAUCAGAGCCCGGUUCCCUCUUUUUGUUGUUAUGGCGUACUAUACCCUAUGGGAGGUUAAACACUCCUAAGGAGGGGAGUACCCCAUAAUGACUUAAACUGGGAAUUGAGUUUGACAUGAUUAUGUGUAUUGGCAUAUUGGAUGAAAUUACCUGCAUCAUGGUUUUCAAAAUUGAGUUUUGAACUUAUUUGUUUUCAAGUAAUUAUUUUGGAAAUUUUUUUGUUUUAACCAAGUGAGAGAUUUGGUGAAGAAUGAAUUUUGUGUGGAUCAAUCUAAGGCCAAUAUUUCCUUGUAGCUCGCACGGAAGUUGUGAAAAUGUUCCUACUGACCAGUCGAGAGGAGUGGGGGCGGUUGAUGCAAGACCGCCAGUAUUAGAUUAUGCAAAGAUGAAGAGUUUGGGUGGUAGGGACUUUAAGGGAGAUGUGAGCCCAGAUGCUGUAGUAGAGUGGUUGAGAGAGAUGGAAGAUGUGUUUGAGUAUCUUUAUGCAACCCCAGAGGAAAAAGUGCAGUAUGUUGUUUUUCUCCUAAAGGGGUAUGCGAGGAGCUGGUGGUCCUCAGUCUCUAGAGUUAAUGGUGAACGAGUUCAGUUCACCUGGGAGGAGUUUCUGAAGGCCUUUAAGACAGAGUUUCUUCCCGAAGCUUUUAUCAGGGCAAAGAACAAUGAAUUUUCCAACCUUAAGCAGGAGAAUAUGACAGUUACUGAGUACACCAUCAAGUUUGUUCGACUGCUUUACUUUGAGGAUGGGUUGGCGGAUACUGAGCAUAAGAAGAAGAUGAGAUACUUGCAUGGUCUGCGCAUAGGAUUGAAAGAAAAGAUCCACAGGGUUGAUGAAGAGAGCAUGGCCACAGUCAAGGAGGCAGCACUUAAGUAUGAAGCCUAUGAAGUUGAGAGCCGAGAGGAACACAAGGCCAAAGAAGAGGAGAAGAAGAGGAAGUUUGGAGUAAAUUAUGCUGGACCUCGUUACCCACCCAGGAGAGGUCCUAGCAGUUUUGGGAGAACACCGAAUCAAUCUAUGUCAGGAACAUCAUACAGGGCACCAAUUUCCUCAGCCACACAAUUUCCAUUUUGUCAAGUUUGUCAGAAGAGGCAUCUUGGAGAGUGUAGGAGAUUUUCUGGUGUAUGCUUUCAGUGUGGCCAACCUGGGCACAUCAUGAGGGAUUGCCCGCAUGCGAGAGAAGUAAGAGCUACACAGUCCGAGCCUUCAGUGCAAAUGAGUAGAGCCCCAUUCAGGGGUGGUUACCAGGGAGGCCGUAGUGGAUUUCAGAGUGGUCGUGGUGGUUCACAGGGUGGUAGAGGUGGUGGUCGAAAUCAGCCAUCAGGAAGUGGUACGCAGGGUACCAGAGCACAGGGAGCACCGAGGGUUUAUGCAAUGACUCGAGGUGAGGCAGAAGUGGCACCAGAAGUUGUGACUGGUAUGCUUUCUAUCCUUGGCAAGCAAUUAUAUGCUUUGAUCGAUACUGGUUCCUCUCACUCAUUCAUGUCAUAUACGUUUGCACAUAUGCUACGCUUAGUUCCAGAUAAGCUAGGUUAUACCUUAUGUGUUAAAACACCUGUGGGAGAUACCUUGAAGGUAGACUCAGUUAUUAGAAGUUCCUUCAUUUGUGUGGAAGGAGCUUUCCUAGCAGCAGAUUUAAUUCUGCUACCUUUUGAUGAAUUUGAUGUCAUCCUUGGAAUGGACUUUCUGGCAACACAUGGAGCUGUUGUGGAUUGUCAAAAGAAAGAAGUGUUAUUCAGCACACCAGAUAAAGGUCCUGUUGUAUUCCGAGGCAUUAAGAAAAAGACUCAUGGUUUUCUUUCUGCCUUGGAAGCUUUUCGAUUAGUGAAGGAAGGUUGUGAAGCCUUUCUUGCUCAAGUUACUAUAGUAAAUGAUAAGAAGGUUGAGGAUGUAGAGGUGGUAAGGGAAUUUCCUGAUGUAUUCCCUGAAGAACUUCCCGGCCUUCCACCAGAAAGGGAAGUAGAGUUUGAUAUUGAAUUGGUACCUGGCACAACACCAAUUUCAAUGGCACCAUAUAGAAUGGCACCAAUUGAGCUGAAGGAGCUUAAAGAAAAAUUGCAAGAAUUGUUAGACAAGGGGUUUAUUCGACCUAGCAUCUCACCUUGGGGUGCACCGGUUUUGUUUGUCAAGAAGAAAGAUGGUUCCAUGAGAAUGUGCAUUGACUACCGGAGGUUGAAUAAGGCGACAGUGAAGAAUCGUUAUCCCCUUCCAAGAAUAGAUGAUUUGUUUGAUCAAUUGCAGGGUGCCUCAGUCUUUUCUAAGAUUGAUUUGAGAUCUGGAUACCAUCAAUUGAAAGUGGCAGAUGGAGCAACCUCAAAAACAGCUUUUAGAACAAGAUAUGGGCAUUAUGAGUUCCUGGUAAUGCCUUUUGGACUCACUAAUGCACCAGCGGUAUUUAUGGCUCUUAUGAACAGAGUUUUCCAUGAAUAUCUUGAUAAGUUUGUGAUUGUGUUCAUAGAUGAUAUUCUCAUCUAUUCUAAAAGCGAGGAGGAGCACAAAACUCACCUUAGAAUUGUGUUGCAAAUUCUAAGGGAGAAACAAUUAUAUGCAAAAUUCUCAAAAUGUGAGUUUUGGCUGAAGGAGGUAAUAUUUCUGGGACAUGUAAUUUCUGGAAGAGGUGUCGAGGUGGAUCCGAAAAAGGUGGAAGCAGUGGUGAGUUGGACUCCACCAAAAGAUGUGUCGGAGUUGAGAAGUUUUCUUGGCAUGGCUGGUUAUUAUCGGCGGUUCGUAGAAGGAUUUUCUAAAAUUGCUGCACCAUUGACUAAACUGUUGAGGAAGAAUACUAAGUAUGUUUGGGAUGAAUCAUGUCAAAAGAGUUUUGAUGAACUGAAAAAGAGAUUGACCACAGCACCAGUACUUGCACUACCUUCAAGUCAAGGAGAGUUUGUGGUGUAUAGUGAUGCCUCGUAUCAAGGAUUGGGCUGUGUGUUAAUGCAAGAUGGAAGAGUUAUCGCAUAUGCCUCUAGGCAAUUGCGUCCUCAUGAAGUAAAUUAUCCAACUCAUGACUUAGAAUUGGCAGCGGUGGUAUUUGCUCUCAAGAUUUGGCGACAUUAUUUGUAUGGUGAGACUUUUAAAAUUCUAACUGAUCACAAAAGCUUGAAGUAUAUUAUGGAUCAGAAGGAUUUAAAUAGUCGCCAGAGGAGAUGGAUAGAGUUGUUGAAAGAUUAUGAUUGUACCAUUGAUUACCAUCCAGGUAAAGCUAAUGUAGUUGCUGAUGCUCUGAGCAGAAAGGGGAAGAAGAAUAUAAAUGAUCUGGUUGAUUUGAGGGCAAUGAAUGUUGAUUUGGAAGUAGAUGGUGUAACAGGGUUACUAGCUCGGUUGAACAUUCGACCUUUGUUGCACGACAAAAUUCGUGAGAAGCAGAAGGAGGACCCAGAGUUGGUAAAAAUCAUUCAAGACAUUGAGGAAGGAAAAGAAAGCCCAUUUGAAAUGGUAGAUGGCAUGUUGAAGAUUAAUGGAAGAACAUGUGUUCCUAAUGUUGAUAACUUGAGGAAAGAGAUACUAGAUGAAGCUCAUUCUUCUGCUUAUGCUAUGCACCCAGGAGCAACUAAAAUGUAUCACACGAUCAAACCAUAUUUUUGGUGGCGUGGGAUGAAAAAGGAAGCGGCUGAACAUGUUUUCACAUGUCUAGUAUGUCAGAAAGUUAAGGCAGAACAUCAAGCUCCUGUGGGAAAACUGCAACCACUUCCAAUUCCAGAAUGGAAGUGGGAAAGAAUCACAAUGGAUUUUGUAUAUGGUCUCCCAUCAUCAAGGGGAAAAGAUGCAAUAUGGGUUAUUGUGGACCGACUAACCAAAUCGGCUCACUUUUUACCCAUUAGAUGGAAACCAUCACUGGAGACUUUGUCUCAACUAUAUAUUAAGGAGAUCGUCAGAUUGCAUGGUGUGCCAAUUUCUAUUGUCUCUGAUCGAGACCCGAGCUUCACAUCUCGGUUUUGGCAAAGUUUACAUGAUGCCUUGGGAACUAAAUUACAUUUUACUUCAGCUUAUCAUCCUCAAACAGAUGGGCAGAGUGAACGAACCAUCCUAACCUUGGAGGAAUUACUUCGAUCAUGUGUAAUGCAAUGGGAAGAAUCAUGGAUUGACCAUUUGCCCUUAAUUGAGUUUGCUUACAACAAUCAGUACCAUAGUAGUUUGGGUGUUCCACCAUAUGAAGCACUUUAUGGGAGAAAAUGUAGAACACCAUUAUGUUGGGAUGUAGAAGGAGCAAGGCAAAUCUCAGGGCCAGAGAUAGUUCAGAUCACAGUUGAUAAGGUCAAGGAAAUCAGGGAGCGUAUGAGGGUGGCUCAAGAUCGACAGAAAGUUUAUGUUGACACGAAUAGGCGUGAAGUUCAUUUCGAAGUGGGUGAGAAAGUAUUUCUCAAAGUGUCACCAUGGAAAGGGGUGAUGAGAUUUGGUAAGAAAGGAAAGCUUGCACCUCGAUAUAUUGGGCCAUAUGAAAUCACAGAGAAGAUUGGACCAGUGGCUUAUAAGUUAGCAUUGCCUCCAGAAAUAUCUCAAAUCCACAAUGUAUUUCAUGUUAGUAUGCUGAAAAGGUACAAAGUGGAUCCUUCCCAUGUUAUACAACCAGAAGAGAUCGAGUUGGGUACAGAUUUAACAUUUGAAGAAGUCCCAGUGCAGAUUGUUGACCAUCAGGUUAAAACUCUUCGUAGAAAGGAAAUUCCAAUGUUGAAGGUUGUGUGGAGGAAUCAAGAUAGUGAGAGUGCUACCUGGGAGACUGAAGCAAGUAUGAGAGAGAAGUACCCUGAGUUAGUAGCAACCUACUUUGCAGGUUAACAAUCUUGCCUAAUAAGUUAUGUUUUGAACUUGUUGAUGUGCUUUUGUUGUGAUAGCCCAGUAUAGGUUUUUGAAACCUAAACAUGGGAACUUGAGGUGUUAUGUGUUACUCUCUAUGUUAUGAAUCUCCUAACCUAAAAGUAAGGUAGUAACAAGAUUUGUGAUAGUGUAGGUUAGGGGGGGGGGGGGGGAAUGAGCGGAUUUGUACCAUCGACUCAAGAAUAGAUUUCGGGGACGAAAUCUUUUAAGGAGGGGAGAAUUGUAACAUCCCAUUUCGGCUAAACCCAUAUUUUGAUCGCUAGAAAGUUCGCGAUUUAAAAUCGAGCGUUUUAAUAGUAUUUCGGCGAAAAUCGGAUUAUCGAUCGAUAUAUAUAUAUUAACUAAGCGGCCGGACAUAUAUAACUUCCCCGUCCAUUAUCAUCAUCAUCAUCACUUUUUCAAUUUCUCAAACGAGAGUAAACGAGAAGCAGAGCACGCACAGGGAGGCUUCUGUGAAAAAUUCCCAAGCUCCAAUCUUGAGCUACAGUGAUCCAAAAAUCCCGUAAGUAAUGCCUAAUUCAUCCAUACAUCGUGAUUUAUCGAUUUAGAGUUUUAAAACGAGUUUUUGGUUCAGGAAUUUCUUGAAUUCCCGAUCUGCCAAAUUAGGGUUUCGGAGUAUCCGGAAGCCAGAUUGAGCCCGAAUUUCAUAUACGAGCUUCCUGCAGCGAGGUAAUCAAUCCCCUAGUUCUAAUUCCUGAUUUUCGGCUAUUAUUUAGGCCGGGGUCCAAACCGCUGAAUUUAGCUCCGGCCAGGGUUUGAUGUGUUUUUAUCAAGAAUUUGGCCUGGAGCCCAGAACUAAUAUUGACGGGGAUACUGCAGGGGGUAUUAGGACGGUCUCGGAUUUUAAUUCGGGAUUCGUUCGUGAAAUUGACGUUUUAGUACGGGAAGCUAAAACCGGUGUUUGAACGACCAGAACUGGUGAGGGAUUAGCACGGCAUACCGGGUUUGUCGUAUCACGAUAAUUAUAUUGAUGCUUAGAAUUGACCUAGGUGAAUUAGAAUGGCAUGAUUAUGGGUGUAUGGACUUCUCUGCUAUAUGAUGAACUAUAGGCUUCUGUAUGAUAUUAUUGACUUGCCUUAAUCGAUAUGGACCUUGUUUAUGUUGCUAAUUCCAUAUAUGUUGCCAGAUGUGGGUUUAAUUGUGAAUAUGCCUUAUGUUGGUUCGAGAAGGUGAUUGGAUAUGAUUUUUCAUGAUUGUUGUAUUUGGAUGCAUAAGUGGGAAAAUAUAUAUUCCCUGGUGAUAUCAUGAUGUUUUAAGGAGGAUGACUUGCACGAGGGUUUAUCCCGAGGAAGUGCAACUAUACGACUCCUGGUUUACCUAUGUUGAGCCAAUUAUGGCCAGGUCAAGUACAUGUGCAAGUAAUGAAUUAUGAUUAAGCAAGAUGAGAUAUGAAUCAUGUAUAAGGAUACCAAAUAUGAGUGUUGUGGUCUCACGGUCAACUACAUAGUAAUUAGGGCUCCCUAUGCUAUUACUCUAUUAUGAUAUGAUAGUCACACCUCUCAUGUGGUGGUGACUGAAGAAUUCUUACGAGAUAUGACCACACCCAGAGUGGUGUCGGGGUAUGACUACACCCAUAGUGGUGUGGGGUAUGUAUGACCACAUCCGACGGGAUGUUGGGGUAUGUAUGACUACAUCCGACGGGAUGUGGGGUAUGUUUCCCGGGAGAGUUAUUAGCAUGGGAGUAGCCAGGCGCCUAUGAUUAAAACAUGAUAAGAUGC